GGGUAGGCAUCAAGGAGAAGGAAGGAGCCAGCUCGGCAGCGGGGGGAAGAGCGGCGCGGGUCGACCCGGCGGGCUCCGGCUUCGCUCCCUCGCCCCGGCCGCUGAGAGGCGAUGGCGGAUAUUGACAAGCUCAACAUCGACAGCAUCAUCCAACGGCUGCUGGAGGUAAGAGGGUCAAAACCCGGUAAAAAUGUGCAACUUCAAGAGAACGAAAUAAGAGGAUUAUGCUUGAAAUCUCGAGAAAUCUUUCUCAGUCAACCCAUUCUGUUAGAACUUGAAGCACCGCUUAAAAUAUGUGGUGACAUCCAUGGACAAUACUAUGAUUUACUUCGACUCUUUGAAUAUGGAGGUUUCCCACCAGAAAGCAACUAUCUAUUUCUUGGUGACUAUGUUGAUAGAGGGAAACAAUCUUUAGAAACAAUUUGUCUUUUACUGGCCUACAAGAUAAAAUACCCAGAGAAUUUUUUCCUCCUUAGAGGGAACCAUGAAUGUGCCAGCAUUAAUAGAAUUUAUGGCUUCUACGAUGAAUGUAAAAGAAGAUACAACAUAAAGCUGUGGAAAACCUUUACAGACUGCUUUAAUUGUUUACCAAUUGCAGCCAUUGUGGAUGAGAAAAUAUUCUGCUGUCAUGGAGGCUUAUCGCCAGACCUCCAAUCAAUGGAACAAAUCCGACGAAUUAUGCGGCCUACUGAUGUGCCAGAUCAAGGCCUCCUUUGUGAUCUGCUGUGGUCUGACCCUGACAAAGAUGUCCUGGGAUGGGGAGAAAAUGACAGAGGAGUUUCUUUCACAUUUGGAGCCGAAGUGGUUGCAAAGUUCCUUCAUAAACAUGAUUUGGAUCUUAUAUGCAGAGCUCAUCAGGUGGUUGAGGAUGGAUAUGAGUUCUUUGCAAAAAGGCAACUGGUAACUCUGUUUUCUGCCCCAAAUUACUGUGGGGAGUUUGACAAUGCGGGUGCCAUGAUGAGUGUGGAUGAGACUCUAAUGUGUUCCUUCCAGAUUUUGAAACCUGCCGAGAAGAAGAAGCCCAAUGCUAGCCGGCCUGUAACGCCACCCAGGGGAAGGACGACUUGAACUAGCAGAGAGUAAUGCUGUGAUCAGCUGGGAUGCAGGAUUAAAGCCUUUUGCUACUUCCCCUAUAUUCAAUGUCGAAGCUUGCUACUGUGCUAUUUUAGCCAGUUCAGAAAGCUGUAACGUGUGGAGAGCUGUUCAGAGACUUGCCUGAGAAUUAGAAUUCCUUUUAGGGUUUGUUUGUUUGCAGCUGAAGACUUAUUCCACAAAGUUUAAAAAACAACCAGCUACAACAGUGAACACUGUUCACCUGUUUCUAUGAAUAUAACACAGUAUCCUGUGGUGUUUUUUUUUAAUUAAAAAAACCUAAUCUUUUUGAACAGAUGACAGUGUACAAUACAAUGUGGUAAAAUGCUUAUUAAAUGAAUAACUUGUUAAA